GACCUUUAUUUUGAAAAAAUAUCCAAACCGGAAGUUUACGCUCUGUUUACUAGCUGUAGAAAUGUUCGUGACGCGUACAGUGAAGGUCCAAGCCUGUAACUUAAACCACUAAAGCCACUUUUCAGGAAACGGGUAUCAACCCAGUAUAAAGGCAUGGAGGAUGACAUACAAGAGGAAGUCCUGGCACAGUUCAGGGAGAGGCGGCUGGGCGGCUGGCAGGUCCUGCAGCUGACGGCGGGCACAGGUUUGGCGGUUUAUGCCGUCUGGGCAGGAAUCCUGAUGCCGGGGUUUCGCCGAGUGCCGCUCAGAUUACAGGUGCCUUACAUGCCAGCGAGCAGAGCUCAAGUGAGUAACGUCAUGACGCUCCUGAAGGGCCGAUCCGGAGGCAUCGCUGACCUGGGCUCAGGGGACGGCAGGAUUGUGUUAGAAGCGUGCUCUAAGGGCUUUUCUCCAGCAGUUGGUUAUGAGCUCAAUCCCUGGCUUGUUCGUCUCGCGUAUUUUCAUGCAUGGAGAGCUGGACGACAUAAAAGUAUUUCAUAUCGGCGAGAAGAUCUGUGGAAGGUUGAUCUCUCGGCGUAUAAAAAUGUCACAGUAUUUCUAGCCCCUAGUGUGUUAAGUCUUUUACAAAAGAAGUUACUGGCCGAGCUGCCUGAAGAUGCAUUGAUUGUGGCGGGACGUUUUCCGUUUCCUGAUUGGACGGCGUGUAAAGUGGAGGGUGACGGUGCGGACAGAGCGUGGGCCUAUCACAUACAAGAACUGAGACAUCGCUACCAGUCACAAGAUGUUCAUGAGGAAUCCAGCUGAGAAACAUUUUAAAACUGUGCUUUCUUAUUAUUAUGCAUUCAUUUUAUCAUGUUUUAUGGAGCUCUUUGAUGCACAGAAUGUUUUUAAAAUAUUUAAGCUAUUAAUUCAUCUUUUUAAUAUGCCUUCACUCUUAAGUGAAACGAAACAUAAGAUGUCAAAAACCAAGCUGCUGUCUGUGGGUGUUCCUUGAAGGGUUCGAACACGCGGAUCACUUCCUGUUUCUUGAUGUGACCUAGAAAAAGUUGUGUGUACAAUAUUUCUCUUUUACAGAAGAAAAAGGAAAUAAGGCUCAUUUAUUUUGAGUCAUCUUUAUUGAAUGUGCUGUUUUGCAAAUUGCGUGUUGUAAAUGCAGAGUGACUGCAGUCUUACUCAACAUGUACACGAGCUGAUGGGUUUCAUAAUGUGAAGCCGUUGAGCAAACCACAAUAAACAACCAAGAAGCAAGAGAA